GCUCAGGGACCCGGCGGCGGGGCAGUGUGCGGGCGGCCGGGUCCCGGGGCGGGCUGGGCUCCGGUGCCGAGCGUGCCCGGCCGCGCGGCGGAACAGCCGGGCUCUUCCCGUGUGCGCUGCUUUUCCGGAGCCGGCUCAGGAGGAACCUGGGGAGCGAGAAACUGCAUCCAGCUCCAGCCACAAGAGUGUGCGUGUGAGAGGGCUGCCAGCCUCCCCGGCCAAACCAGACCCAGCCGGUCUCGCGGCGAUGAGGCGGCGUGGCGGUGCGCGGCCGCGCAGCACGGAGCCGGCCCCCGGCGGGACGCGAGCGGCUGCGGGGGCCGCAGGCGCCUCCCGCCACUGAGGGCCGGCGCGGGCCCCGCGGCAGAGGGCAGGAGCCGGCCCGCGGGGGAUGCGAGCCCCGGGACUGCAGCGGGCUCCGCGCGGGUACUACAGUCUAUUUGGCUCUGGUGCUGUGGCCUGGCAAAGGGACCGAGGGAGGGGCAAUGUUGAGCAUUUAGAUAGUUUUACACUCUGCAGGACCUCCAGCAAGGAACUGUGAGAAUACUGUGGAGAAAAUGUACAGCAGUCGAGAAGAUAUUCAAGAAGAUGACUCAAACGAUAAUAAGAAAACGCUUAAACCUAAUUCAAACAUUGAUGGUGGAUGGGCCUGGAUGAUUGUCCUUUCUUCUUUCCUCGUGCAUAUACUCAUCAUGGGGUCACAAAUGGCCCUUGGCAUACUCAACAUGGAGUGGCUGGAAGAAUUUAGUCAAAGUCGAGGAUUGACCGCAUGGGUUAGUUCCCUUAGCAUGGGUAUCACAUUGAUUGUAGGUCCUUUUAUUGGUUUAUUCAUUAACACUUGUGGGUGUCGGAAGACAGCAAUAAUUGGAGGGAUAGUGAAUGCCACUGGCUGGAUAUUGAGUGCCUAUGCCUCGAAUGUACAUUACCUCUUCAUUACGUUUGGAGUGACAGCUGGUCUUGGGAGUGGCAUGGUUUAUCUACCUGCAGUAGUCAUGGUAGGACAGUAUUUUCAGAAGAAGAGAGCACUUGCUCAAGGGCUCAGUACCACAGGAACAGGAUUUGGAACAUUCCUAAUGACUGUUUUACUGAAGUAUCUGUGCAUGGAAUUCGGAUGGAGGAAUGCUAUGUUCAUCCAGGGUGCGAUCUCUCUGAACCUGUGUGUCUGUGGAGCCCUCAUGAGGCCACUUUCUUACCAGGAUGAAGCUAAUGAAAAGGUUACUGAGAGAAACAGUAGUGAAGACAAUUAUGUAAAAGCUCUGUCCCCCUCUGCAGAGACUCUAAAAUCUAAUGGGGUAUUAAAUGAAGAGCUUGAAAAAAAAGAAGGGCUAACUAAUGAUGAAGUGUUUGACACUGUUCAAACAAUAGAGAGCAAAGGUAAAAUCAGACAUACAAAGAAUAUAUAUGCUCUUUGCAUUCUUAAGACAAUGAGCCGUCUGACCCUUAUAAUAAGAAAGGGGUUUGUAACGUGGUACUCUAGUUACUUCGGAGCUGCAUCACUCUUUACCAAUAGAAUGUUUGUAGCCUUUGUAUUCUGGGCAUUGUUUGCAUACAGCAGCUUUGUUAUUCCUUUUAUUCAUCUUCCAGAAAUAGUUAAGCAGUACAACUUAUCCAUGCAGAAUGAUAUAUUUCCUUUGACCUCGAUUGUAGCCAUAGUUCAUAUUUUUGGUAAGGUGACCCUUGGAUUCAUCUCUGAUUUACCCUGCAUCAGUGUUUGGAAUGUCUUUAUGACAGCUAAUUUCUCCCUUGUUGCUUGCAUUCUUAUUUUGCCACUAAUGCAUACAUAUGCUGGCUUGGCUGUGGUCUGUGCUCUGAUAGGAUUUUCCAGUGGGUAUUUUUCUUUAAUGCCUGUUGUGACUGAAGAUCUAGUGGGGACUAAGCACCUUGCAAAUGCUUAUGGCAUCAUCAUUUGUGCCAAUGGGAUAUCUGCACUGCUGGGACCACCGUUUGCAGGUUGGAUCUAUGACAUCACGCAAAAAUAUGAUUUUUCCUUUUAUAUAUGUGGCAUGCUUUACUUGGUGGGGAUAAUAUUUUUACUCAUUCAACCUUGUAUUCAAAAGAAAGAACCAAGAGAAAAACACACUGAAAAUGCACAAGUAUAGUGCAUGUUAUGGAGUAUUUUACAAGAAUGUUCUGGUUUUGCAUUUCUUUUAUAUAGCCGUAUAACUUGUUUCUCUGAUAGGACCAACUGCAUUGAGAGCACCAGAAUGAAUACUGAAAGAGCUUCAAAGUCCUGAUAUUAAAUAUUAGUGGAAAUGUGCUUAUAAAAGCAACUUUACUGUCUCACUUAGGAUUUUUGGCAUCAGAACUCUUAACAAAUGUGGAGGUUAUGAGCUUUCCACAUGCAAUAUUAUUAUUUUUAGAUUUGAUCAGUAGUUGAUUCUCUUCUCACUUAGACCAGUUUUACCCUGUUGAAACUUCACUGACUGCAAUGCAGUUACUCCUGAUUUACAUUGGCAUGAGAAGAGAAUCAAGCCAAGAUAUGAAUAAUGUAUUAAAAUGUUUCCUACUCCAUAUUCCGGCUGAUAAGAAUUUAUGUAUUGUGCACAAGCAAAUGGCUACACUUCUGACCCAGCUACCCAAAUGAAUCACUAAAAGUUAAUAAUAAUUCAGGACUUCAAAUAAUUUAAUAUAUUUAAAAGACUGUUUGUUGUGUAAAACUGAAAGAAAUCUUACUUUUUUCUGAAAGGUUCUCCAGUUUAAGGAUUUUUUAAAGUUUUAAUUGCAGGACAAAAAAGCCAUCCUUAGUCUGUGGGAGAAAUUAUAAAUAAGAUACUUAAAAUACUCUGGAGGCUAAAUGACACUGAAUUAAAAAACCACAAACAUAAAAACAAAGAACAGGAGCAAGGAGGGGUGGGGGAAGAGGGAACGGGAAGAAUAGUAGUAUGGUUCUUUAACUGAAAGGAUAAACAGCAGAACUAGAUGAUCUGUUGCAAAACCUUCCUAGAACAGUUAGUACUUUCAUAUGGAACACUCAGUUGAGCAUUUAUUUUUGAUUUACACUAUUGAAACUGAGAAGAAUAUCUAGCCCUAUUUAUAAGAGGUCUAGUUCUAAUUUUGCUUACACAGAUUUCACAUCUGGAUCUAUAGCAGGCCAGGCCCAAUGGGUGCAGACAGAAGUGCAGCUCCCUGCUAUAACUUAGAAUGAUUUUUGCAAAGCGUUGAGUUAUGUUACCCCAGACAACACAGAAGUUCACUGUUGGUUCCAGGGAAGAGGGGAAUCUAGCUGCGGCUGGGAGUCUGCAGGCAGGUUCUCAUAGGAGUAGCCAGGGCUCUCUGCCAGUGCUCCUUGUUUUCAGAAUGGGAGGGGGGAAAGGCAGCAGAGGGAGCUCAUUCUUGGCGCUCCCUGGCUGGUGCUGAAGGGUGGGGUGGGUGAAUUGGAGCCCUCUAGGGGUGUGGGGGGGUGGGGGCAGGAGCUGAAAAACCCUUAGACUACUUCCUCUGCUCCCUUUCCCUCCUCCCAUGCUGAAAACAGGGACAGGCUGGGAGCUCUGCAGACACAAGUUACAAAAGAUGCUACAUUUUGUAACAUCUUUAUCUGAUACCUCAUGCAAUGAUGGGUCAGGUGUAACAGGUGUAACAUUUUCACCCAAUGGCCAUUUUUGAAGCUGUUUGCAGCCAUGCACACUUGUGUUUGGUCAAAGCUAUAAACUGCUUUCCGUAGCUAGAUUAGGCGAAAACUGGCACUUCUGUCUGCACCCAAUAUAACAUGGCAUAGCUUCAUUAACUGCAGUGUAGCUACCAUGGGUUUACAUCAAUGCAAGCUCAGAAUUCAAUCCUCUGUAUUUAGAGUGAGCCAUGCUAAUUAAAAGUCCCUGCAUGUCAUGUGUAUUGGUGGCUCAGCACAUCCCCGUGCUGAGAAAAUGCCAGCAGUGUUCUUUGAAAGCACACUGAACAAGUUUUAUUUCAAAAUGCACCGCUGCCAUUUUCUCAGCAUGGAGGUGCACUGCACCACUGAUGCACAAGAUGUGCGAGGCUGCCAGAGUGCGUGAAUUUACAUGCUCCAGCAGACUCAAUUAAUCAAGUCUGCUCUGAUGUGCUGGACUUCCAGUGCAUCAGAGCAGGCUUCCUGCAUGUGUGUAAGUGCCCUAAGACAGCUAGGACUAUUCUGUUAUAGAACGUUCACGUUCUUGAGCUCCGUGCUUUGCAGUUGAAACAUUUGAUCAUGGAUUUCACAGACUGGAGAAUGUUUCCAGAAAAGGUAUGAAAUUCCUGGCUGCCUUACUUGUUUACACAUAUUUUAGAACUGUAUAACAUUUUUAUUGAAAUCCUUCCCCAGAAAUUAAUUGUUUAACCUCAAGGAGCCAGUUUCUCAGGGACAGAACUUGAGAACCUUGGAUGAAAAUGGCUAAAAUAUAUAUAGUUUUAGAAAUGGUUGAAUGGAGUACAGUAUAACAUGUUUAAUGCAGCUUAUUUCAACACAAAAGUUAUUAAAUCCUAGCUAAUUUUAUUGUUAAGUAAGAACACUACCUGAACUGUGCAAAGCAGAUCACAUUUUUUCAGUGCCGUUCACUUGCUGUAAUAUUAUUUAAUGCAAAGCAUGGAAAGAUAUUUUAACUAUUAAAGUAUAUUGCUUUAGGUUUUUUGACAAUUUUAAAUAACAGAAGGACAAUACAGAACAUUUUGCAUGGUGCUACAGUAAAUAUUUUCCAUGCUUUGUGAGGCACAGCUUGUGUUAUACUGCAUAUAUUAAAUAGAAAGUUGGUUUAUUUUCUGUAUUUAAAUGUUACAAAGAUCUUUUUCACCAUAAAUCAAGUCCUUGCUUUAAUACUGAAGUAUACUGUUGGAGUAUACUGAAAACAGCUGAUGUAAUUCAAAUAAAGAGAAAAAAUUAUGGGAACAUGGUUUGCUAUAAGAUCAUCUGUUCUUCAAGUAUAGAUUCAAUGUCUCUUUUUGUGCAAAUGCUGCUGAUAGCUUAUUUUAAAUCUUAUUUGUCGGUGACUAUGUAUAUGGGAAUAAUGAUUUGCAUCAAUUUCCUUCUUUUUUAAAGAAAUGUGUCCUUUAUACUUUAAGCUUCAUUUUGUUAUCUAUCUGUUGAUUUUUAAUUGCAUACAACUGUAAUGAAUAAAAUGUUGCUCUCCUAAGAUAACUGCA